ACAAAUGUAACGUGAUACAUCGUUGAGGUCGUAGAAACAGAUGCUAUUAGAUACAGUGUCCUUUUUUAAAUGUUGCGACCGACGUGCACAACAUUUAAAAACAUCAUCAUGUAGUGCCCAAGUAGUGCCAUUAGUUUUUUGACAUUUCUUAAAAUAAAGUCACACAAAAAUAAAAACGAUUUGGCCAAAUUUUAACCAUUAAGAGAUAAUUGAGAACCCUAUAGUGAACACCACUACUAAAAAAAGUAGCUAAACCCAAUAGAGAUCUGCACGGAGCUGUGAACGCGAGAAGAUUCCGCUGCACUGACGGUUGCCGAGAGGCUGAAGUGUGCGAGUGCUGUACCUCGCUGCGGCGAUACGGUACGUCCGGGAAGUACAGCC